UGUUGUUGGAAGAAGUCGAUUCAAGAAGCCAUUACGCUGCGCAAUUCAGUCGGGGGAAAAACUUACUAAUUUUACGUAUUUUACGCAAUUUUAUAGUUUACCCCCUAAGCCCAAUAAAAAACCCAUAAUGGCAUCUCAAGCCAAAAAGAGAAAAACUAAUUUCUCCGAAAGGGAGGUGGAGAUCAUCGUAGAGGAGAUGGAGAAGCAAAAACACAUUUUGGUGAAUCAUUUUAACGCGGGCGUGACGCACAUCGCGAAGAACAGCGCGUGGAUGGAGAUCCUGAAGCGCGUGAACGCGGUCACCACCUGCCAACGCGAGCUCGCCGAGAUCAAGAAGAAAUGGUCCGAUCUGAAGACGGAGGUGCGGCGCAAAGUGGCCCAGGCGCGGGCGGCCAUGGAGGGCACGGGCGACUGCACCACCGUGCCCGUCAUCCUGACCUCCAUGCAGCAGCGCAUAUGUAAUCUGCUGGGCGAAGCGACUAUUAUCAGUCUGCCGGCGGCGGAGGCGGGUGAAGCGGGUGAAGCGGGCGCGGCGAUCACAGUGCCCAUCAGCUCCGCCGCCACCGUCACAUUAACGCAAAGCAUUCAACCAGCGGCUGCAGCGUGUGAGAUUAAAACUCUCGAAGCAGAGGCGACGUACCACACACUGGAGGAAGGCAUGGUGGAAUACUGCACCACUGAGACGCCCGUGGCCGUCACUGCAGAAGCCCCCGUAGAGAUGCUCGCGGCACAGGCUGAGUGUUCGGCCAAACCGCAGGAACUGAAGAGCCGCAUCGCACUCAACUCCGCCAAACUCCUUCAGGAGCACCGCGUCACCAACCUGCACAUCCGUGAGAUCGCCCAACACCUGGAGAACCAGAACGACCUCCUGCAAAUGAUCCGACGCUCUCAGGAGGCCCAGGCCUGCGCCCAGGAGAGGCAAGCCCAGGCUCUGGAGGGCACACAGGCCGCCCUGCUCGCCCUCAUUCAGAUGUUCAGACCAGCGCUGAAGGACUUGAGAAAGUUUCUACAGAACGCAAACGUUGCGGCUGCUGCUGAGACUGCUGAGGGGGUGGAAAGUGUGCCUGCGCAGACAGAACAUGGACAAUAGAUCAGAAUACUGUAUUUGUGUGUGUGUUUGGCUUUCUGAAUGUGUUUAUGUGUGUGUUUGACAGAUGUGGUCUCUAGAAAUAGACUGUCCAUUAGUGUACAAGAGAAUGCACAGUGCCUCAGAAAAUUGGGAUUUUUACUACAUUUUAAAGUAAAUGUCAAAAUAUGUAAUAUACGCACUUUUACUUAAAAGCUCAUUUUUCUUUUGACUGUUAUAUAUAUAUAUAUAUAUAUAUAUAUAUAUAUAU